AUGGACAUCAUACAGGCCGUCUCCGGCUACAUCACCAAGAUGGUGUCGGUCGGGGACAGCGCUGCGACUGGCACCUCCGCGGCCAAGAUGAAGAUCCUCCUCCUCGACAACGAGACUGUCCCCAUAGUAUCGACUGCGACAACACAGUCCGCCCUCCUCAACCAUGAAGUCUACCUUACCGACCGCCUCGACAACCCAAAGCGGGAGAAGAUGCGCCAUCUUCGCUGCCUAUGCUUUGUGCGACCGUCGCCCGAGUCUAUCCAGAACCUCAUCGAAGAGCUGCGAGAGCCCAAGUACGGGGAAUACAACAUCUACUUCAGUAAUAUAAUCAAAAAGUCGUCAUUGGAGCGCCUCGCCGAAGCUGACGACCACGAAGUCGUACGCGCUAUUCAGGAAUACUUCGCCGACUUCCUCGUCAUAAAUCCCGACCUCAUGUCGCUCAACCUCGGAUUUCCCGAUCAUCGGAUAUGGAGCACAAGCCCGGAUGCGUGGAAUCAGGAUGCGCUACAAAGAUCGACCGAGGCAGUCAUGGCCUUACUUCUGUCGCUGAAGAAGAAGCCCUUGAUACGAUACCAGAAGAACAGUUUGCUCGUGAAGAAGCUGGCGACCGAGGUCCGAUACCAUAUGACACAGGAAGAGCAACUGUUCGACUUCCGCAAAACAGAUACCCCGCCCAUACUUUUGAUUGUCGACCGAAGAGACGACCCGGUGACACCGCUGUUGACGCAAUGGACGUAUCAGGCUAUGGUUCACGAGCUGCUCGGAAUACACAAUGGACGGGUGGACCUACGCGAUGUGCCAGAGAUACGUCCUGAGCUCAAGGAGAUCGUGUUAUCGCAGGAGCAGGACCCUUUCUUCAAGAAGAACAUGUAUCUCAACUUCGGCGAUUUAGGGCAAAACGCAAAAGAGUAUGUCGAGCAGUUCGCGUCAAAGCAGCAGGGAUCGCAAAAGCUCGACUCUAUUGCCGAUAUGAAGCGCUUUAUCGAGGACUUUCCCGAGUUCCGCAAGCUUUCCGGCAACGUCACCAAGCACGUCACACUUGUCGGUGAGCUGAGCAGACGAGUUGGCGAGGAGAGUCUACUGGACAUCAGUGAGCUCGAACAGAGCCUGGCAUGUACAGACAACCAUUCCAACGACGUCAAAUCGCUGCAAAGGAUCAUCCAAGAUCCAAAGGUCCCGGCGAACAACAAGCUCCGGCUGGUUGCCAUCUACGCGUUGCGCUACUCAAAGACCUCGUCAAACUCCACAGCUAUGCUACUUGACUUGCUCGCUGUUGCGGGUGGACUGUCACGGCAUCGCAUUAACCUCAUCACAAAGCUGCUGACCUACCAUGACUCGCUGCAAGCGACUACGGCGGCAGGUGGAGUGCCGGACCUUUUCCAACCUGGGUCAUUCUUCGGAGGUGCCCGAGAUCGACUCAAGGGCUUGAAGGGUGUUGAGAACGUCUACACACAGCACUCGCCUCGCUUAGAGGCUACGUUGCAGGACAUGAUCAAGGGUCGCUUAAGCCAGCAGCUGUACCCCUUCGUCGAGGGUGGCGGAUCGACAAAGGACAAGCCGCAGGACAUCAUUGUCUUCAUGGUCGGCGGCGCAACAUACGAGGAAGCUAAGAUGGUUGCGCAAGUCAAUGCUAGUUCCCCAGGUAUUCGAGUCGUGCUCGGCGGUACCACUGUGCACAAUAGCACUUCCUUCUUGGAGGAAGUAGAAGAUGCCGUCGACUCGUGGCCCGAGCCUCCCGCUACAUCAGCUGCGGCUCGCCUGAAGAGAGAAGUAGGUAGAUAG